UUGUGUGAGUAUUUUGCAUAUUCAUGGCUACAGCAAGAAUCAAUGCCUCAAGCUACUUUCCCGCAAGCAGAAGACUUGACUGUGAGAGCCACGUCAGUCUGAGAGCUAAGACUGUGACGGUUAGGUAUCCCCUAACAAAAGCCGCCCCUCGUCGCCAUCUUGUCCGAAGAGGAAACAAAGAUCGGAAUUUGGUGGUGAAUGCUAUGGAGGCAGCGGAGGAGAUCGAGAAGCCAACGAAAAGGUAUCCUGGAGAACCGAAGGGGUUUGUGGAGGAGAUGAAGUUCGGGGUAAUGAAAAUGCACCCGAGAGAACAUGCAAAUGAAGGAAAAAAGGAGUUCAAUGGUCCUGUAUCGACAUGGAAUUUCACAAUCGAAGGCUACUUGAAGUUUCUGGUGGACAGUAAGCUUGUGUUCGACACGCUUGAAGAGAUUAUUCGCGAAUUUACUGUCCCAGCUUGUGAGUUUCUCAUCCUUAUUUUUCCAUAUGUUUUUCUUGUUAUGAUUUAG